GGGUCGCUGGGGGGCGGUGCGGCCCCACGCUCUCCACUCGGGGAGCAGGGCCCGGAGCGGGGCGGCGGCUCGUGGCAGGGCGCCGGGUGCAGGCGGGCUGCCGGGCGCGGGGGCUGCUCGGCGCGGGGGCAGCCGCCGACACCCCCUGCACGGCUCCUGCAGUCAGCGGGGCCGCGGUCGGGUUCCCCAGGAGUGGUGGCCCAGUCGGUGGGUUCGAAUCCAGGCGCUGGAUCCUAAGGGUUGCCGGGCUCUCAGGCCGCGGCGGUCUAUGACGGCCCCUUUCAUUGGCCGCGGCGACACAUGCACCCGGCGUCACUGGGACCCCAAAACCCCAUUUUACAGAGCAGGAAACCGGGGCCUAAGGAGCCUGCCCAAGGUCACGCAGUUCGUGGGGGCCAGAAGCAGGGGUCAAGCUGGCGCUGUCCCACUGCGGAAAAUGCUCUUAACGGCCGCCCGCAGCUUCGCCAAGUUCACUGGCGCACCUGUGUGGACCUGUUUGCUCGGGGAGGGUAUUGGUAUUCCCAGGAUUGGCUGAGGCUUUGCAGCCUUCAAGUCCUGCCCCGGGAGUGAUGGCCGGGUACCCCAUGUAAUACCUGUGUGAGUGCAUACAUGCGCUUUGCCAUCUGUCUCCUUUAGGAUUCGUGGGUUGAAGGCAGGCAUGAUCAGACCCAUUUCACGGAUGGGAAGGCAGAGACGGGACGCGUCUCUCUCCAAGGCUCACAGCCAGUGAACGCAGCCAAGCUGGAGCCCAAAGCCAGGCGCCCCGACUCCGAGCGGGGGGCUUCCUGUACCCACCAUGAGCCUGAGCCGCUUGCUUUGGAGGAAGGUGGCCGGAGCCGCCGUCGGGCCAGGGCCGGUUCCAGCUCCCGGCCGCUGGGUCUCCAGCUCCGCCCACGUCCCCGUCCCCAGCGAAGGGCAGCCGUCGCCGCCACGAGUGCCAUCUUCGGAAGGCGGCCAGCUGCGGUACAACGCGUUGCACAUCCAGAUGCUCUCCAGAGGGCUGCACGAGCAAAUCUUCGGGCGCGGAGGGGAGAUGCCCGAGGAGGCCGCCGUGCGCCGCAGCGUGCAGCACCUGCAGGAGCACGGGCUCUGGGGGCAGCCAGCCACGCCCUUGCCGGACGUGGAGCUGCGCCUACCGCGCCUCUACGGGGACAACCUGGACCAGCACUUCCGCCUCCUGGCGCAGAAGCAGAGCCUCCCCUACCUGGAGGCGGCCGACUCGUUGUUGCGGGCGCAGCUGCCCCCCCAGCCCACGAGCUGGGCCUGGGCGGAGGGCUGGACCCGGUACGGCCCAGAGGGGGAGCCCGUCCCCGUGGCCGUCCCCGAGGAGCGGGCCCUGGUGUUCGACGUGGAGGUCUGCUUGGCAGAGGGAACUUGCCCCACGCUGGCGGUGGCCAUAUCCCCCUCGGCCUGGUAUUCCUGGUGCAGCCGGCGGCUGGUGGAAGAGCGCUACUCCUGGACCAGCCAGCUGUCGCCGGCUGACCUCAUCCCCCUGGAGGUCCCUGCCAGUGCCGGCAGCCCCACCCAGCGGGACUGGCAGGAGCAGCUAGUGGUGGGGCACAAUGUGUCCUUCGACAGAGCCCACAUCCGGGAGCAGUACCUGAUCCAGGGCUCCCGCAUGCGCUUCCUGGACACCAUGAGCAUGCACAUGGCCAUCUCAGGCCUGAGCAGCUUCCAGCGCAGUCUGUGGAUGGCAGCCAAGCAGGGCAAGCACAAGAGCCAGCUCGCUACACAGCGAGCUCAGAAGUCCCGGAGCAAAGCCACUGGCCCAGCGAUCUCAUCCUGGGACUGGAUGGACAUCAGCAGUGUCAACAACCUGGCGGACGUGCACAGCCUCUACGUGGGGGGGCCUCCCUUAGAGAAGGAGCCUCGAGAACUGUUUGUCAAGGGCAGCAUGAAGGACAUCCGGGAGAACUUCCAGGCCCUGAUGCAGUACUGUGCCCAGGACGUGUGGGCCACUCACCAGGUCUUCCAGCAGCAGCUUCCCCUCUUCCUGGAGAGGUGUCCACACCCGGUGACUCUGGCUGGCAUGCUGGAGAUGGGCGUCUCCUACCUGCCUGUCAACCAGAACUGGGAGCGGUACCUGGCAGAAGCCCAGAGCACCUAUGAGGAACUGCAGCGGGAGAUGAAGAAGUCGCUGAUGGAUCUGGCCAAUGACGCCUGCCAGCUGCUCUCGGGGGAAAGGUAUAAGGAUGACCCCUGGCUCUGGGACCUGGAGUGGGAGCUGCAGGAGUUCAAGCAGAAGAAGGCAAAGAAGGUGAAGAAGAAGGAGCCAGCCACAGCCAGCAAGUCGCCCACCAAGGGGGCUGGGGCCCCUGGGGAUCCCAUGGACGAGGAAGACCCUGGCCCCCCCAGUGAGGAGGAGGAGUGUCAGCGAGAUGUCACAGCCCGAGCUUGCUUGCAGCAGCUGAAGGACACCACGGAGUUCCUGCCCAAGCGACCCCAGCACCUUCCUGGACACCCAGGGUGGUACCGGAAGCUCUGUCCUCGCCUAGAUGACCCUGCCUGGACCCCGGGCCCUAGCCUUCUCAGCCUGCAGAUGCGGAUCACCCCCAAACUCAUGGCACUGACCUGGGAUGGCUUCCCUCUGCACUACUCAGAGCGUCACGGCUGGGGCUACCUGGUGCCCGGAAGGCGGGACAACCUGGCUAAGGUGCCAGUGGGCAGCACCCUGGAGGUGGCAGGGGUGCCCUGCCCCUACAGAGCCAUCGAGUCCCUGUACAGGAAGUACUGCCUGGAGCAGGGGAAGCAGCAGCUGCAGCCCCAGGAGGCGAGCCUGGCCGAGGAGUUCCUGCUCACUGACAGCAGUGCCAUGUGGCAGACGGUGGAAGAACUGGGCUGCCUAGACGUGGAGGCCGAGGCCAGGAUGGAGAACGCAGGCGCUGCAGGACCAGGCCAGCCCCUGGCUCUGAGUGCUGCUGGUGGCUGCAAAGCCAGCCCGCCCAUCUAUCACCAUGGCAACGGACCUUAUGACGACGUGGACAUCCCCGGCUGCUGGUUUUUCAAGUUGCCUCACAAGGAUGGUAACAGCUAUAAUGUAGGCAGCCCUUUUGCCAAGGACUUCCUGCCCAAGAUGGAGGAUGGUACUCUACAGGCUGGCCCGGGAGGCGCCAGUGGGCACCGGGCCCUGGAGAUCAACAAGAUGAUUUCUUUCUGGAGGAAUGCCCAUAAACGUAUCAGCUCCCAGAUGGUGGUGUGGCUGCCCAGGUCGGCUCUGCCCCGUGCUGUGACCAGGCACCCCAGCUACGAUGAGGAAGGCCACUAUGGGGCCAUUCUGCCCCAGGUGGUGACUGCUGGUACCAUCACCCGCCGGGCUGUGGAGCCCACAUGGCUCACUGCCAGCAACGCCCGACCUGACCGAGUAGGCAGUGAACUGAAGGCCAUGGUGCAGGCCCCACCUGGCUACGUCCUCGUGGGUGCUGACGUGGACUCCCAGGAGCUGUGGAUCGCAGCCGUGCUGGGAGACGCUCACUUUGCCGGCAUGCAUGGCUGCACGGCCUUUGGCUGGAUGACGCUGCAGGGCAGGAAGAGCAGGGGCACGGAUCUCCACAGUAAGACAGCCAGCACGGUGGGCAUCAGCCGCGAGCACGCCAAAGUCUUCAACUACGGCCGCAUCUAUGGGGCUGGGCAGCCCUUUGCCGAGCGCCUGCUAAUGCAGUUCAACCAUCGGCUCACACGGCAGGAGGCGGCCGAGAAGGCCCAGCAGAUGUACGCCGCCACCAAGGGCCUCCGCCGGUAUCGGCUGUCAGAAGAGGGCGAGUGGCUGGUGAGGCAGUUGGACCUAUCUGUGGACAGGACUGAAGAUGGCUGGGUUUCCCUGCAGGAUCUGCGCAAGAUUCAGAGAGCAGCUUCCAGGAAGUCGCACUGGAAGAAGUGGGAGGUGGUUGCCGAACGAGCAUGGAUGGGGGGCACAGAGUCAGAAAUGUUCAAUAAGCUGGAGAGCAUCGCCAUGUCCGAGACGCCCUGCACCCCGGUGCUAGGCUGCCGCGUCAGCCGAGCCCUGGAGCCCUCAGCUGUCCAGGGGGAGUUUAUGACCAGUCGUGUGAACUGGGUGGUACAGAGCUCUGCUGUGGACUACUUACACCUUAUGCUUGUGGCCAUGAGGUGGCUGUUAGAGGAGUUUGCCAUUGAUGGACGCUUCUGCAUCAGCAUCCAUGAUGAGGUUCGCUACCUGGUAAGGGAGGAAGACCGCUACCGUGCUGCCCUGGCCCUGCAGAUCACCAACCUCCUGACCAGGUGCAUGUUUGCCUACAAGCUGGGUCUGAACGACUUGCCCCAGUCAGUCGCCUUUUUCAGUGCAGUCGAUAUCGACCAGUGCCUCAGGAAGGAAGUGACCAUGGAUUGUAAAACCCCUUCCAACCCAACUGGGAUGGAAAGGAGAUACGGGAUUCCCCAGGGUGAAGCGCUGGAUAUUUACCAGAUAAUGGAACUCACCAAAGGCUCCUUGGAAAAACGAAGCCAGCCUGGACCAUAACUCUGCCGAGGCUCUGUGCUUGCUCCUGUGGAGCUUCAAUGGGGGUGGGGCAGGUUCCCAAACUCAGGCUCUCAGCUGUACUUUUUGCAAAAGGACUUGCCUAAGGCCAGCUGUUUUUCAGUAUCAGGACCCGCCAAGAAGAUUCCUGCUCAGUGAAGGUGCAGAGGUGCAGUUAUGUGUUCCGUGGGCUUAAAACAAAGAUACCAACUUCAGUGUGGGAUGUAGGACAAGGUGCACUGUUGCUUCUUGCGUGAAAAGGAAGCAGAAACCCCAAAGUUCACAUUGAUUAACUCAGGCAUUUCUGUUUCUUCUUGGCUGGUUCUUUGUUCUGUCUCCCAUGCUCCGUUGCAGUGCCCUAGAAGGGUAGAGAGGUAAAGCUCUAACAUGCUAAAUCUGCUCUGAGGCAGAGGAAUAAUAAUUAAAAAAAAAAAAAAAAAAACCCUAACAUUUUUCUUCUCAUCAAAGCCUGUGUUAGUCAUGCUUUCUCCCCUUUCCUACUCAUGGGAGGUGAUUAUGUUGAAGUAAGGCAGGGCCAACUCCUUCCCUUAGGACUUCUGUUAUACUGAGGACAGAAUGACAGUGAAGGAGCCUUGGGCGUCAAAAUGCUACAUGACCCUCCUGAACUCAAACGCCAAGUAGUACAGGGAGUAGAUGAGGCUGGGUGCAUCAGGCCCUAGAGUGUGAUACACAAUCUGAAGAAUACAGGUUCAAAACUUUAAGAAGCCAGAGAUCCAGGGUGCUUUAUAUAAGAAACAAGGAUGGGCCCCUGAUUUGUUAAUUGCAUCUUGGACAAACUUAAGAUGAUGAGAAUUUUAGGUGUUAGUGUCAAGGAAACAUUUGGGCUCUGUUUCAAAGUGGUAAAACUAAAGGGUAAGGAAGAAACUGGCAGGAACCGAAGGAAGCCUGACCACACCAAGUGGCCCUGCUGUGAGGGAGGGCAUGGAACAAGGGAAGGUUGUUGUCUGAUUGUUAAAAAGGAAACAGGGAGGACCCACAGCAAGACUACUGUCACCACCCUCCUCCGGGAAAUGACUGCCAAAAAUGUACACAAGUCUGGAUAGCCUCAUAGGAUUUUGUAUAAUUCCCAGUUCCUCAAGGGCCCUUAGCUUUCACCUUUGCCUGACUACCCUUGAGCCUGCCUGUCUGUUGGUACUUGCUCUUCCACUUACCUACAGCUGCCUCUCGAUAGGCUGUCAACAACCAGCUAGAAAGAGUGGCUGGGGCUUACUGUGCUCUGGGCAGAAGCAGACACUAACCUCUUCAUCUUCAUCUUCCUCGUCCUCUCUCAGAACCAUGUCCAGAAUGUUCCCUUUGAUCUUGAAGUCCCUUGAAGUGCUAAGCUUCAUGUGCUGCAUCAGGUUCACCUGUGACAUGAUGUAAGCACAUCUCACUUGAAGGUCCUGCUGGGACAGCUCAAACCAUUUUUAGUGUACCCAUGAUGCACUCCUCAGUUCCUAUUUAAAGUAAGUACACUGCCACUUGGAAAUGCAUUUCCAACAGUUUCCUACUUGAUGUUUGGAAUCAGGCCCUCAGAUCAGAAAUAGCAAAGAAACUGAUGGAUUAUAGUUUUUCUUCCCAUCUGUGGUAUGGUUUGCCAGUUGUCCACAGGGUAAAUAGAAAUGAUGACAAAUAAUCCAGUAUAUUUACCUUGGAUCUCUUAGAAAGGUGGAUAAGAAAUUUUUCAUACUGUUCAAUGGCAAAGAUGAGGUUAGGGAUUGGCUUGGUUUCCCGAAGAACUCUGGCCUAUGGACAGAAGAAGAUAAGACUUGAAAGUUCAGGUUUGAUAGUUCUUGAUGUUUUUCUGUGGAGCCAGCAGAAAUGCACAUGACUUUUGGGGGGUACAUUAGUCUGUCAGUCAGGUGCAGUUGUACUUAUAUUUUGAGUCUCAAAGGACCUGAAUGCCAGUUGGAAUAGCACUGAGUCUUUCCAUUUAAAAUUCCUAUUUUUGUUAUCUAGACUGGAUAAGGAGGACAGGACCAUUUGUAGGAAUUAUGCUGGUUUUUUUUUUUUUUUUUAACAUUUAUUUAUUUGAAAGGUAAAGACUCCACCUGCUGGUUCACUCCCUAAAUGCCUACAACAACCAGUACUGGGCCCAAAGCCAAGAGCCCUUAACUCUAUCUGGGUCUCCCACAUGGUAGCAGGGACCCAAACACUUGGGACAUUAUCCCAGGCAAAUUAAGAGGACGCUGGAUAGGGCGCAGAGGAGCCAGGACUGAAGCCCACAUUUUCACAUAGUGGCUGGCUUAACAAGUUGCACCACAGCACUCAUCCACUGAAUUGAUAAAAUAAGCUCAAUAUUUCCUUUUUCUGAUUUGUACAUUUUUCCUGCUGGGAUUAUUCCUACCACUCUCCCAUUGGAACUGUAACUUGUAGAUUUUUAAAAAUGUUUCAUGUGUGUCUGUAUAUGUGUAUCAGAAACCCUCAAGUCAGGGCUAGCUCUGGUGCAGCAGGGUAAGUGCUGCCUGCAGCAACAAUAUUCCAUAUGGGCACUGGUUUGAGUCCCGGCUCCUCCGCUUGUGAUCCAGCUCCCUGCUAAUGCUUCUAGGAAAGCAGCAGAGAAUGGCCCAAGUCCUCAGGCCCCUGCAUCCAAGUGGGAGAUCCAGAUGGACGUUCCUGGCUUUGGCCUGGUCCAGUCCUAGUCAUUGCGGCCAUUUGGGGAGUAAACCAGCAGAUGGAAGAUCAGUCUCUCACUUUCUCUGGCUCUCCUUUAUAACUCUGCCUUUCAAAUAAAUAGAUAAAUAAAUCUUAAAAAUAAAAAACUCACAAGUGAGGACACUGUACACACUUGUUUUCACAUUUUAAAAAGUAUUACUGGGCCGGCGCCGCGGCUCACUAGGCUAAUCCUCCGCCUAGCGGCGCCGGCACACCGGGUUCUAGUCCCGGUCGGGGCGCCGGAUUCUGUCCCGGUUGCCCCUCUUCCAGGCCAGCCCUCUGCUGUGGCCCGGGAGUGCAGUGGAGGAUGGCCCAAGUGCUUGGGCCCUGCACCCCAUGGGAGACCAGGAAAAGCACCUGGCUCCUGGCUCCUGCCAUCGGAUCGGUGCGGUGCGCCGGCCGCAGCGCGCCGGCCGCGGCGGCCAUUGGAGGGUGAACCAACGGCAAAGGAAGACCUUUCUCUCUGUCUCUCUCUCUCACUGUCCACUCUGCCUGUCAAAAAAAAAAAAAAAAAAAAGUAUUACUUUGGCAGUAAUUCUACAGCUGAACACUCAGAUGGUAUUUUUUCAGGCCUCUACAGUAUUAUCCAGUGUAUAUAUACUAUGACCUCCUUGACCAGGCCUCUGUUAAUGUACAUCUUAGUUACAGACACUUUGUGGAGAAAUGGAAUUAAAGUGUUUUUUUAUCCAAAAAAGUGAAAUUUACACAUGGUAAUACACAUUUUCCAUUAACUUUUUGAAGACAUCCCUUGUGUGUCUAAUAUUAUACUUUUGAAUUGAAGGGCAAUUCUGUAUACAGGCCUUUACCAUUUGUAAAUUGUUACAGAAUGUGUAUCUCCUAACACUCCUAAGUUGUUGCCAAACUGCCCCCUUGAGAAGUUAGUAUGAAGUCUUGUGUUGCCAACAAUGUGCUAUAUAUCCGCCUUCCUGCAUCCUCACCAUCUCUGAGAUUCUUCAGGGAACACCUUUUACAGUACCAACUUUUCCUAAAAACAAAAAGGGACAUCCUAGACUAUUUCAUUAGUUCUGUUUGAGGUCAAGAUUUUCUGGUGCUUCUUGAAAAAAUGUUGUUGGUUCAAAGGAAAAAUAAGAUGUCCUAUCUCAUCAUACAACUCACUAGUUAAGAAGCAGUCAUAGGGCCAGUGCUAUGGCACAGUUGGUGAGGCCACUGCCUGCAGUGCCGGCAUCCCAUAUGCGUGCCGGUUCGAGUCCCAGAUGCUCCACUUCUGAUUAAGCUCUCUGCUGUGGCCUGGGAGAGCAGCAGAAGAUGGCCUAGGUCCUUGGGCCCCUGCACUUGUGUGGGAGACCAGGAGGAGGAUCCUGGCUUUGAAUCAGCGCAGCUCCUGCCAUUGUGGCCGUGCGCCUCUGCUUCUCAAGUAAAUAAAUCUUAGGAAAAAAAAAAAUCAACAAUCAUGUAAACAUACAUAUACACACUUGUGGGUACUUCAAAAAGUUUAUGGAAAAUGCUUAUUUUGAGAAAAUGAUUUCAAAUAUUUUUGCAUAAAAACUUUAAAUUCUAUUUUCCAGGGACUUUGGUAAUAGCUUUUUGAGAUACAUUCCACAUACCAUAUAAUUCACUCAUGUACACAAUAAAUACGUAUAUCAGA